CAGCUUUGUGGAUUCCCCUACAGCAACAAGAGGCAGUGGAUACUAAAUAGUUGGCUCCAUUUCACGCCUUCACACGCCCACUUUCACGACAACUUGCCGCCACCAUAUAAGAUAUCGAGAUUAACGUCCUAGCUAGAUGGUCAAGAAAAAGGGAAAAUCCAAGCGUGUGACAUUCAAACAGAAGUACAAGAUCGAACGACGGGUAAAAGAACACAAGCGCAAGACUAAGAAAGAAACACGGCGCCGGGCCAAGCUCGGUCUUCCUCCUCUCGGGAUUGGGCAACGCAAGAAGGAAGUGAGCAUUCCCAACGCCUGGCCGUUCAAAGAACAGCUUCUCGAGGAGCUCGCGACGGCCAAACGGAACAAGGAAGCGGAGGACGCCAAGAAGAAGGAGGAAGCGGCGUUGCGACGGAAGCAGAAAGGUUUGGUAGGAAAAGACGUGGCAGACUUGGUGACGCAGGCGGCCGCGGCCCAGGCCACCUUUGCCUCCCAAGGGCCCGGCACGCUUUCCCUGGAAGAAAAUGGCGUGAACGACAUGAAAGCUUUGGGGCAACAGAGCCGACGGGCAUUUAUCCGGGAUUUGAAAGAAGUGGUGGAGCAGGCCGACGUGGUCCUGGAGGUCCUGGACGCCCGAGACCCGUUGGGUUCCCGGGGGGAGGGGGUGGAGGAACUGAUCCUCCGAAAGCCGAACAAGAAACUAGUCCUAGUCCUGAACAAGGUCGACCUGGUGCCAAGGGAAGUGGUGGGGGCGUGGCUGGCCUACCUUCGCCGUUUCCAUCCCACCGUGGCUUUUAAAUCCGCCACCCAGGAGCAACGGGUGCAGCUCGCCCAGCACGGUGGGGACGCGUCCAAGGCAGGGGCCAACCUCCUCUCCCGCAGUGGCUCCGUGGGCGCCGAGGCUUUGCUGCAGCUUUUGAAAAACUACUCGCGGUCCCUGGACAUCAAAACCUCCAUCAGCGUGGGCGUGGUGGGCUACCCCAACGUGGGGAAAUCCUCCCUCAUCAACUCCCUGAAACGGACCAAGGCGGCCGGCGUCUCCUCGACCCCCGGAUUCACCCGCUGCAUGCAGGAAGUGCAGUUGGACAAGCACAUCAAACUGUUGGACUCCCCGGGCAUUGUGUUCGACGAUUCGGACGUGGAGGGGGUUCUCCUUCGGAAUUGCGUGAAGGUAGACAGCCUCCCGGACCCCUCCGCGGCCGUGGGCGCGCUCUUGCAACGCUGCGAGGCUCAGGACUUGAUGAUGAUAUACGCCUUGCCCGCCUUCGACGCCACCGACGUCCAAGGCUUCCUGGCCCUGCUGGCUCGGAAGAUGGGGAAGCUCUUGAGGGGGGGGGUCCCGGACCGGACGGCGGCGGCGCGGGUCUUGCUCCAAGAUUGGAACACGGGCAAGGUCCCUUUCUACACGAAGCCGCCGCCUCUGCCCUCGUCCCGGGUGGACGAGGAAGCGCAAUUGGUGGGCUCGUUGGGCACUGCUUUCGAGGUCGGCUCGGUGUUGGAGGAGGGCGAUGCCAAG